CACACCAGCUGGUGGCGGUGCGGUUUCCAACGUCCUUAACCCACGAAGAAGAAGGACAGGCAUGGAGGCGCUGCGUGUGCUGGAGCUGUACAGCGGAAUAGGAGGGAUGCAUUACGCGCUGAAGGAGAGUGGCAUACCUUUCCAGGUGGUGGCUGCCAUCGACAUAAACACCACAGCCAAUCAAAUCUACAGGCACAACUUCCCUGACACCCCCCUUUGGAACAAGACCAUUGAGGGCAUCGCACUAGAUGACUUCAACAAACUAGCCUUCGACAUGCUUCUGAUGAGCCCUCCUUGCCAGCCUUUCACCAGGUUAGGACUUAAGGGCGACGUUUCUGACCCGAGAACCAAGAGCUUCCUCUACAUACUUGAUCUUCUGCCAAGGCUGAACAGGCUGCCCCGCUUCAUCCUGCUGGAGAAUGUGAAAGGCUUUGAGAGUUCUUCCACCAGGGAACGUUUGGUGAAAACACUAAUGGAAUGUGGAUACACUUUCCAGGAGAUCAUGGUCUCACCCACAAGUGUUGGGAUCCCAAAUUCAAGACUACGUUACUUCCUGAUUGCUAAGAUGUCAACAGAAAACUUCAGUUCCCAGAUUUUAGAUGCCUUCCCACAUCCUACUGAGAGUGAUUCCCCUGAGCAGCCCAUGCUCUCCAGCCCUCCCCCUCCUGCAGGUACCUGCCAGCCAGAAGAGGAAAUGCAGGUGGGUCGUGUCCUAUAUAAAGUAGAGACAUCGCUGGAUGCCCAGACGAAGAUGAGUCAGAACAAGGAUCUUUCUGUGAGGCAAAUCCAAGACUUCCUGGAACCCCAGAUGGGAUUGAAUGUGGAACACUACCUCCUGCCUCCUAAAACACUGCUGCGGUACGCCCUGCUCCUGGACAUUGUUCGGCCCACAUGCAGGAGGUCUGUCUGCUUUACGAAAGGCUAUGGGCGCUAUGUGGAGGGAACUGGCUCAGUACUGCAGUGCUGCGUGGAGACAGAGAUGGAGAGUGUGUUCAGAGGUCUGGAGCAAUGCUCUGAGGAGGAAAAACUCCAGCAGCUGGCCAAACUGAAGCUCCGUUAUUUUACUCCCAGAGAAGUUGCCAACCUCAUGGGUUUCCCUCAGAGCUUCUGUAAGUGGUCUUUCCUGCUUUCUGGUGACAGCAGCAUUUUUAUAAACACUACUUGUAAUUCUCAGGAAGGAAUACAGAAUAAUUUGCCCGUCUGAUGUGCACUUGCUUUAUCUCUGGCAUAAACUUCUUUCCAGGUCAUCUGAAAGCGUUUCUCUUAGUACUCUCCAUUUCUCUCUCCGUCUGUCACUCACUCGAGACACUAGCCACUCUCUCCUUGUUACGUGCA